AUGCCCCCAGCCCUGUGUUUGAGAUGCUCAACUCAGCACUUUCCUUUUGCAGAAGAGUUGGACAAACUCAUCACGGACCGGCCAGAGAGCUGCAGGAGGCCGAACAAGGCAGCGGAGGCGGAUGUCUCCAUGCUGGGCCAUGCGGCAGUCGCCCAAGGCCGGAUCGGGCACCUGCAACCCCAGCCUGUCAUGACGCUGUCCCUGCAAGCCGCCCCCCUGCACCACCAACUCCAGACGCAGGCGUGUAUGACUCCAGAUUCGCCGGCCCCUGCACAGACCCCGCCUCUCCACGCCCUGCGCAACAUUAACCAGAGCCCCCUCCCUCAGAACCUGAUGAGCCGCGCACCAGACUUCCUCAGUGUGGCGAAUGACAUGAGCACCGAGGUCGAUGCUCUGGAUCCGAGCAUCAUGGACUUUGCCCUCCAAGGUAACAUUUGGGACGAGAUGAAAGACGAGAGCUUCGGCCUGGAGACCUUGGGUGCCUUCAGCAGCUCCCCUCUCGCCCUUGUGGACUGCGAUCUUAUCCCGUCUGGCCUCACUCCUGUUUCUGGCAGCGGCGGCGGCAGCAGCGACCACCCUUUUGCAGACUUGCAAGUGACAGGUCUCUACACAACCUAUACGACCCUGGAUACCGUCUCAUCAGCCCAGUACAUCAGCACCCAAGGGAGUAAGCCCGUUGCUCUGCUCUGAAGAGGCACCCAGCCAGACUCAGAGAAGCCCGUGCUGCCAUCUCGUGGUGUCCAACAAGUUCUUCCUACAUGCCAAUUAUUGGAAGUGAGGCAUUCCUCACCUGGCCUUGACGGAGGCAAACAAGAACUUACUAACGUUCCCAGGAUCCUGGCAGCUAAGAAACUGGAAGAAACUUUGGCCAGAAAAUUCCCAAGAUGUACUUAAAUCUGAUGUAGGAGGACAGCCUUGUCAUAUAGACCAAGAAUGUCCAACUCUGGCCCUCCAUAUGUUCACGAACUACAAUUCCUAUCAGCCCCUGCCAGUGGGGGCUGAUGGGAAUUGUAGUCCAUGAACAUCUGGAGGGCUUGAGUUGGACAUCCCUGGUGUAGACCAUGUUUUAGGACAAGAUUUGUAGAAGACAAUUCUAAAUAACUUGUCAUUCUGUCAGACGAUACUUGCUUUAUGUCUCCCCCACUCCCUUCCCUCAUGCAAAGUGGCCGAUCAAAUAUUUAUGCGUUUCCUUCUGUCUGAGAAGAUGCUCAGAGCACACCACAAGGAUUCCUGCUGUACACCCAGAACCCUUCUCAAUCAGCAGAAGAAAACCGGGCAAUCUUGGGCCACACUCAAAGGAGCUCCUGCAACUUGCGCUGGAUCAGGGCAACUGGCUGGAUUUUAACAAACUGUGGUUUGUUGAGUUUUUAACACAAACUAUACUCUUAACACCACAGCCUUUAAUUUAUUGUUUUACACUGGAAAGGAAGGGCAGAAUGUCCCCAAAAUCAAAGAACUGGAAGCCUGCAGACCGUGAACUGGCCAACAAAUUUGAAUCAACUUGUGAAACUCAGCCUCUACAUCCCAAAAUGCCCCUGCUGCUAGUUCGGCCGUCCAAGCCCCUUCAGGGCUCCCAGGUCACCAGGUUCCCUUCGUGGUUUUAGGACAAAAGUGCAGCUUUGAACCAAUCUUCCCCACCCCCCACAAUCCCACCACACAACAUCUCCUCAGGUUCCACUUCUCAAGCCGCUGCUGACUUCACCCUUCCGUCGCUUGUAGACCCUGCGGUUAUCAAUCACCUAUCUCCUCUGCUCAGCCUCUUCCUUUAGGAGGCUUUGGCCUCUUGCGGGAUUUCUAGGACAUCUGACUGACCACCAUUGUGGACAGAACCUCGGACCAUUGCUCUGAUCCUCUUCAGUCCUCAGCCAGGCUUCCACCCCGACCAAAUCAACAUUGUCUUUUCCCUCACAGAAACUGGACUGCAAAACCAAACACUCCAUGCCUUCCACCCCAGCUCAGCCAAUCAACGCCAGAAGCUUCCUGCUUACCUGUGCCAAUGAGGGAGGAAGAGGUUGGGUGCUGUGAAAAGCACAAAGAACUUUGCUGCUGAGUAGUAUUAGGGUUAACUGACUUAUCUUAUUAGGCUUUUCUAAAAAAGGAAAGAAAGAAGGUUUAGGCUGGCCACUCUCGGCUCAAAGUGUAGCGUUUCCUCAUUCUUAUACUAGGCAGUAUUACUGUUUGUAAAUUUUAUUUAUAUUUAUUUUUGUGAAGACAAAAAGUAAUUGUGUACUCAGCA